AUGGCUGGACAGCAACUUCUUGUGCUCGGGCUGACGGUCAUUGCACUUUGGGCCUUCCUUUUUUAUGGUCUCGACCUCUACCGUGCUGAUUCGAGACCGUAUUCCGACAUUCAAAUUUCCAAGGGAUUUUUACCCAAGGGCCAAUCUACCUUUGGUGUCGCCACUGCGGACACCAGCUUGUGGAUCCACGUCAAGGGAGCCAGCAAUGGCUUUAGCAAAGACAAGGAUGGUUACGUUUCCACAAACUCUGACCGAAACCUGGCCGAGUCCUGGAUCAACCUUUUCCUUCAUGGAAACGGUUACGAGGCCGAGUUCGCCGCUCUCGGUGGCAUCAAGGGCAGCCAGACCAUUGGCUGGGCCCCCGUCAGAAGCGGCGUCAGGAGAAAGGAGGAUCUGAACUAUCACGAACGUUCCGUCAGGGACCUCUUCCAGAUUGAGAAAAGCGCUUGCUGGGCGUUUAAGAGCAGCCUGGACUACGUCAAGGAGUACCUCGACUAUGUCGACGCCAUCUGCCAGCUUAUUCUGCUCGCUAAACAGACGUAUACUGAUACUCUCAAGCGAUACACAGCAAUGGUGUGGAAUACUAGCAAUUCAAUAUCAGACAGCCGUUUAGAAGUUGAUUCUUUGGAACGGAAUGGCACACAACAUAAUCAUGGCAAAGGGUAG